ACAAAUGUCGUCUCUAUUAUCGUAAAAAUUACAAACGUGUUUUCUUGAUUCGUUUCUAUGUUUAUUUCUUAACAAACAAAGCCUAUUGAGAAAAAUAAAUUAUAUUUCGAUUCGAAGAUCUAUUAGAACAUAGAUUUACCAAACGCACAUCACUAAUUUCGAUAUUUGUUUAUUUGUUGUUAUAUUGUCACACUAUUGUAAACGAACAUAAUCUUAAUAAUUUAAAGUUUUACAAAAGCUAUGUAUAGUUGAUAGCAAAAUGCGGUACGCUCAAGUUGUCAUUGGUCCAGCUGGUAGUGGUAAAUCGACUUACUGCACAUAUAUGCAGCGGCAUGCUCAGGAUUCCAAACGUGUAAUUGAAGUGGUUAACUUGGAUCCAGCGGCAGAACAUUUUGAUUACCAUCCAUUAGUGGAUAUUCGGGACCUAAUUCAAUUGGACGAUGCGAUGGAAGAUGAAGAGCUUCAUUAUGGUCCAAAUGGCGGCUUAGUAUUUUGCUUGGAAUACUUAAUACAGAAUCAAGAUUGGUUGAAAGCCCAACUAUGUGGUGCAGAUGAUUCCGACAAUGAAAUUGGCGGAGAACCUGAUGAUGAUUACAUACUAUUUGAUAUGCCAGGGCAAAUAGAACUUUUUACUCACCUAACAAUGGGUAAACAGUUAGUACAAUUGUUAGAAUCUUGGAAUUUCCGUAUUUGUACGGUUUUCCUAGUCGACUCGCAAUUCAUGGUGGACGGAGCUAAAUUUCUGUCUGGCACAAUGGCCGCUCUUAGUGUAAUGGCCAACUUAGAAAUGCCGCAUGUAAAUAUAUUAAGUAAAAUGGAUUUGCUCAGCAAAACAGCACGUAAACAGCUUGACAACUAUUUGGACCCAGAUCCUAAAGCGUUGUUGGGUGAUGUGACACAAGAUUCAUCAUGGGGACGAACGUAUCGGAAGCUUUCGGAGGCAAUUGGAAGUUUAAUUGAGGACUUCAGUCUAGUAAGAUUCGUUCCACUGAAUGUUGACGAUGAAGAAAGUAUCCAGGAUUUGCUUCUCCAAAUCGACAACGUAAUACAAUAUGGAGAAGAUGCUGACGUAAAGAUACGUGAUUUCGAUCCACCAGAGGAAGAAGAUAAUGAAAAUGAGGAUUGAAAAAUUCCUUACCGUCAAUUUGUAAUUUCAAAUAUUAUUAAUAAAUAAAGAUUUUGUUUACUUCUUCACAAAAAUA